AUGUUCAAAAAAUUCGACGAGAAGGAAGAUAUUACGGGUGCUACUCAGUUAAAGUCCAGCGUUCAGGUUCUUCCCAGCAUGAACUUCGAACGAAACGUUGAAUUUCAGAAAGGAAUCCGGAAGAAACUUUUGGAGAACUUCCCUCAUAUUGAGCCUUAUUUGGAAGAUAUCCUGCCGAAGAAGGUCUUUUAAUUAAUGAAAAUUAGCUCUGCUGAGCUUUCUUCAUUCGAAAAGGAGAAGUUUCCAGGAGAACUUCAAGCUGAUCAAGUGCAAGGACCACGUCGAACUGCUCGCCGACCACACUGGCGUCGUUCGAUUCAUGAAGACUCGAAAUACAGAUUUUGUCCCGACGCUCAGAACUCUUCACAAGUAUCCCUUCUUGUUACCUCAUCAGCAGGUGGGUUUCAGUCGGAGAGCUUCGAAAAAAAGCGUUUUUUUCAGGUCGACAAGGGCGCGAUCAAGUUCAUCCUGAACGGCUCGGCCAUCAUGUGUCCAGGACUGACGUCACCGGGAGCAAAAUUGACGGCAACCGUGCCCAAAGACGCCGUCGUCGCCAUCAUGGCUGAGGUAAUCCAUUCGAGUUUUUAGCAACAUCAUGCAUAUUUGAUAAUCAUAUCAAUAAUGGUGAACAUGUUUUAAUCAUGGUUAUCGUUGGAAAACGUUUUUGGGCUUAAGAUUGAGCGUCAAUUUAUUAGGGUUUCGACCCUUUAGUUAAACUUCUUCUUCUUCUUCCUACGCCUUUGUACCGCUUGAGCGGUGUCGGCGCCCCAAGUCGAUUAGCCGAGGUCCUAUCCUAAUCAGUGAUAAUCAGUGGACUGGCUCCAGUGACAUAUCCGUCCUUGUGUGUGACGGCUGGGGAUUAUGAAGUCGUGGUUUCCCACUACCAACAUUUCUUAAACCCCUUGGUUGGGUCGGGGCGGGGAUCGAACUUGUGACCCUGUGGACCGUAGACAGGCACACAACCUGUUGCGCUACGACGCGCCCCAUACCCUUUAGUUAAACAUUUUUUUCAAAUCUAAUUUAAAAAUUAAUUUUUUUGGGGGUGGUGAGAUCUUACUGAUUGAAAGGUUAAAUUUUAAAAUUAAAUAAUUUUUGCGAAAUUUCCGCCUAAUACAAUCGACAAGGGAGACAUCAAAAUGACGCUGAUUCAAUAUUUUCUGUGUUUUUGUGACACAAGUCUACAGAAUAAACCAAAUUGGCACCUGAAAAACUCCGAAAAUUUUAUGAGGUUCAAUCGAAAUUAAAAAAACUUUUAAGCUUAAAAGCUACAAGCAGAAUUAGUAAAAUGUUAUCACCGUUUCCAUAAAUUAAUUUGAUUAAUCAGUAACCUGCUGUUCUCUAGACGAAUUAUUCCGAACCCAUCUCCUCUCAAAUGAACGUGAUUCCAGCCAUAUGAGCCGUCUUUUUUGAUACGGCGACAUAAAGUUUAGUAUUUGUCUAAUUCUUUUGAAGCCGUACUUUGUAUUUCUCUGCUUCGAAUUCACCUAGCAGCUUUGAUGACUCAACUUUUUUCUUUGUCUCAUUAUCUUUAUUCAUAUAAGUCCCAUUGUUCACGCGGCUUUUGUUUGCAGGGCAAAGAACAUGCCUUGGCGAUCGGCCAAAUGCUCAUGAGCAGUGAAGAGAUUCAGUCUGUGAACAAGGGCUAUGGAGUCGAGAACAUCCACUACCUGAACGACGGUCUCUGGCACCUGGCUGAAAAGUCUAUCAACUGA